AUGUAUGGUCUCAAACAGUCCAGUAGGGUCUGGAACAACCAGCUGGACCAGGCGUUACAAGAAUUCGGAUUGACUCAAUCGAAGGUGGAUACUAUACGUAUCUCUAUUACCACGGAAGGAAAGAUGCUUUUCGUCACAAUAUACGUCGACGAUUUUCUAGUCUUUACCAACGAAGAUCAGGCGAAACAGCACUUGAAGAGGUUUCUGUGUGAUCGAUUCCGGAUGAAGGAUAUGGGUAUCGUUAAAUACUCUUUCGGAAUUCGGAUCAAUCGCGAUUUGGAGGCAGGAAAAAUUCCCCUGGAUCAAUCCAUCUACAUUAAAGAUGUUCUCAAUCGGUUCAAAAUGAUGGAUGUCAUUCAGCUAAGUAAGGGAAAAGAAAAGGAUAAGGAAAAGGAUAAGGAAAAGGAUAAGGAAAAGGAUAAGGAAAAGGAUAAGGAAAAGGAUAAGGAAAAGGAUAAGGAAAAGGAUAAGGAAAAGGAUAAGGAAAAGGAUAAGGAAAAGGAUAAGGAAAAGGAUAAGGAAAAGGAUAAGGAAAAGGAUAAGGAAAAGGAUAAGGAAAAGGAUAAGGAAAAGGAUAAGGAAAAGGAUAAGGAAAAGGAUAAGGAAAAGGAUAAGGAAAAGGAUAAGGAAAAGGAUAAGGAAAAGGAUAAGGAAAAGGAUAAGGAAAAGGAUAAGGAAAAGGAUAAGGAAAAGGAUAAGGAAAAGGAUAAGGAAAAGGAUAAGGAAAAGGAUAAGGAAAAGGAUAAGGAAAAGGAUAAGGAAAAGGAUAAGGAAAAGGAUAAGGAAAAGGAUAAGGAAAAGGAUAAGGAAAAGGAUAAGGAAAAGGAUAGAAAAAGGAUAAAGAAAAAGGAUAAGGAAAAGGAUAAGGAAAAGGAUAAGGAAAAGGAUAAGGAAAAGGAUAAGGAAAAGGAUAAGGAAAAGGAUAAGGAAAAGGAUGAGGAAAAGGAUAAGGAAAAGGAUAAGGAAAAGGAUAAGGAAAAGGAUAAGGAAAAGGAUAAGGAAAAAGGAUAAGGAAAAGGAAGCAAAAAGGAUAAGGAAAAGGAUAAGGAAAAGGAAAAGGAAAAGGAAAAGGAUAAGGAAAAGGAUAAGGAAAAGGAUAAGGAAAAGGAUAAGGAAAAGGAUAAGGAAAAGGAUAAGGAAAAGGAUAAGGAAAAGGAUAAGGAAAAGGAUAAGGAAAAGGAUAAGGAAAAGGAUAAGGAAAAGGAAUUGUCAUCCUUAUUGGAAAUGGGAUGCGAAGCAGAUGAGUUUACGCUAGCGUACAUCAGAUGGCGCGAUCAAACGCAUGGGCAGCUCAAGAAGAUGCGCAAAGUGAAAAGCAAAAUGCUUAUAGGGGAUGGCGGUGAAGAGGGUUGA